GUCCCGAAUUUGAAAACGCUGGAGGGAUGAAGGAAAUUCAAAUUCCCAGGAAAAACUUCGCGCGGUCAUCUGAUGCUGGAACUAAGAGAUUCAAGGAUUCUGAGCUGAAAUAUCGAAAGUUUGCGGAGAAGAGACAGAGCGCAACCUUUUCCGACUUAUCAUCGGAAAGUACGAAAGAUCCAAUGGAUUUUACUCCGAUCUCUCAAAUUUCUGGGGCGAUUUCUGAUUCCGAAGCCGAGAGUUUUGUGCAAGGAUCGAGCCUAGACCUGUUAUCAACGCCAGAGAUUUCUCUCCCGGCUGAUGAAUCUCCAGUUUCAACCGUUACUUAUAAGGAUUUUCACAUUGACGCUUCUUCUACCGAUCGGAUCCAUUCAAUUGUAGACUUGCCUGCUUCUGUGCAGUCUUUGCGCGCGGAGAUCAAUGAGCUGAAGAAACUGAUAUAUUCCGUUGAGGAUUCUGAAGAAAGCCACUGGAUCGAUGGAGUUGUUACUGGGAAAUUCCGCGUUGUGCUUUUGGCUUUUAUCCUUUGGGCUAUUUUAGCUGCGAUUGUGGUCUCCGUCUGCUCAGGAGAGGAAGUUGCUUACAAUGGACCACUUCCAACUUGAAGGAUUCAAAUCACUGUCCGUCCAUGGAUUAUAUGAAUGGAUUGGGCUGCUAUCAUCUAUGAAAGUGAAACCAGAAGGGAAGCAUGUAAAAGUUGGAAUAUACUAAUAUACAUCUGGAAACAAUUCUACAGGUAAGUAAGUAUUCUGUAUUUUUCUCUGAACAGGGUUUAGUUGAUAUUAAAAUUAC